AAACAAGUUUAUAAAAUUAUAAGUGAUUUCUUUUACGUAUAUCAUGAAGCGUCGUAACAUUAUGCUCAUCCUCUUCCAGGUAAUGUCGCCAAUGGAUCUCCCUCUGGAAAUAUGCCUAAAGCUGCAACCCAAGGUCCCAAAGGUACUGCCGCUGCAAGCAGUCAUGCCCCAGGUCCUUCGGGGUACAGGCCCGCACCUCGCCGACGUCCUGUGCAACCCGACAAGUACAUGAGACUGCUGUUUUCUACGGACGGUAACGACAACGACAUCUCUGACUCUGAAUUUGUUCUGGACAGUGACAGUGACAGUGACAGUGACUUUGACAGUGACAGUGAAAGUGACAGGGACAAUGAACUGCGUGAAGGUGAGGAUGACCACCGGAACAGAGAAGUGCCGUUGCCUGAGACCCCAGACUUCUCAUUUGCUUGGUCAGAAGGGUCAGACUUCGUACCUGACCUGCACGAGUUUUGCUCUGACAGGAGUGGCGUGACGAGAGACUGGCCUUGCAACGACCAGUCAAAUGAGAGUGACUUUUUCCGUGCCUACUUGGAUGAUGAGUUGAUGUCAUUUGUUGCCCAUCAUACCAACGACCAUUUUCGUUUGGUGUGUGAGGGAAUGAAUGGUCUUCCACCCACUUCCAGGGCACGGAAAUGGGAGGAUACAACGGCAAGGGAGUUGAUUGUCUUUAUCUCCCUGAUCCUGCUGAUGCCUCUGUGCAAGAAGCAUUAUGUGCAGGAUUACUGGCGUAAUGACACUCUUUGCCACCCUCUGUACGGGAAGUAUAUGACUCUAUCAUCAUCUGCCACCUCAAAAUCAUCACACUCAUCACCAGCAUCCACUGCCACCUCAUAUUCAUCACACAUCACCAUCAUCCACUGCCACCUCAUCACCACCACCUCACCCCUCAAGAAGUGGACGCUGGGAGCCCAGGAGAGGGCCGGGGGGUAG